GCUCCUGAUGAUUGCGUCAUCAUGGUCAACGUUGGAGGUUUCCGGCAAAGAAUGGAGCACGGUGUUCUCAAACGCUUCCCUCACACUCGCCUGGCACGUCUCCUGUGUUGUAGCUCCGAAGAAGCCAUCCUGGAGCUCUGCGAUGACUUUGUUGCAGCAGAAAUGGAAUACUAUUUUGACCGCAAUCCACUUUUCUUCUGCUACAUCCUCAACUUUUACUUGACGGGCAAAAUGCACCUGGCGGACGGUUGGUGCUUCCUGUCCUUCCGCCAAGAGGUCGAGUAUUGGGGCAUCCAGGAUCACCAUCUGGACUUGUGCUGUUGCAACAAAUUCCAAGAACUCCUUGAUCAGACUGAGGACCUGGGCUGGGAUCAGGGGAGCGUGGACCUCCACGACUCAUCGGUGGAGGAGAAGUCCGAAGUGGAUUUGUUCGACGGCACCUGGUGUGCGGAUGUCCGUCGGAACAUUUGGCUCCACCUUGAGAAUCCGUCGUACUCCGCUUCGGCCAAAGCGAUGGCCGUCACGUCUUUGAGCGUGGUUCUGGUCUCCAUUGCGGCCAUGUGUGUCCACAGCAUGCCAGACAUCCGUCAAGUGGACCACAACAAUAGAGAAACUGAACAUCCGGGGCUUGCCUUCCUCGAAAACCUUUGCGUCUUCUUAUUUUCCGCAGAGUUUCUCCUCCGUCUGGCCGUGGUUCCGUCAGCCAAGAAGUUCUUGUGCAGCCCUCUCAAUGUUAUCGACUUGAUGUCCAUCACUCCUUUCUACGUGACCUUGGCUUGGGAUUUCGGCCCGGUGGCCGAAGAUGACAACUCGGAGUUGGAGAACGUUGGUAAAGCGAUGCAGAUCUUGAGGCUCAUGCGACUGUUCCGCAUUCUCAAACUGGCCCGCCACUCGGCCGGCCUCCGCUCUCUUGGUGCCACGCUGCGACACAGCGGCCGUGAGGUGGGGCUCCUGACGCUUUUCUUAUUUGUGGGAAUCUCCAUGUUCUCUGCCCUCAUGUACUUUGUAGAAAAGGAGGCCCCGGAGUCCGAGCUGCAGACCAUCCCUAUCGGCUGGUGGUGGGCCACCAUCAGCAUGACAACGGUGGGCUAUGGGGACACCUUUCCUGUUACUCUCGCUGGGAAGGUCAUAGCAACGCUCUGCAUUCUCUCUGGGCUGCUUAUUGUGGCUUUGCCCAUCACCAACAUCUUCAAUACGUUCUCGAACUUCUACCAGAAACAAAAGAAAGUAGACGGCUUUUCAAAUCACGAACCAGCGACUUCAUUAUAUGGCAAUCAUUCUCUCCUCCAGAAGGAGACUCUCCUCCAGAAGGACCAAGCAGCUUCUAUCGCAUGA